CGGGAGUUUGCUGAUCGUUUAUAAAAGAAACCUAAGAAAAUUAAAUUAAGUAUAUUAAAAAGUGAAAAUAAACAAUAUUAUAUCAGUUAAUGAAUAAAUUGUUUUUACUCUCGUAAAAUAAGUUGAAAGCCAUGGAGAACGAUAUCAACAAACCAUACAAAAUAUGUGAUGUGAACCGAGACAAAAAGAAGGGUACGGUAGCAUCGUCGUUAGAAGAUUUACUCAGUAAAGUGCCCGAAAAGCUGGGACUGCCAUCAGAGAACCUGACCGUGGUGCUGGAGUCCGACGGGACUGAGGUUGACGAUGAGGAGUAUUUUUCGACAUUAGAGAAUGACACAUCGUUGAUGAUUCUCCACGGGAGCGAGAAGUGGACGCCGAACAUGCCGAAGUGCCAGGUGUCGUUGGACCAGACGGACGACGUGGGGCUAGGGGAGAAGGAGCAGGUGGCAAGCCUGGUGGGGCGGCUGCAGCACAACCUGUGCCACAUCUCGCUGCUGGGCGGCCAGGACCUGGAGCUGCUGUCCGAUAUGGACCCAGACAGCCUCGCGGAUAUCGUCACGGACCGUGACAACAGAAUCAUACUGGAGCACAUUAAGGAAGCCUCUGGAAGGAUCUUAUUGGAGAAGCGCCAAGCACAGGAUGCCAUGGAGCUAUUGAAACUUUACCACCAGAGUGUUUCCAAUGGCUCCGAGGAUGUGUCACCGCCCAAGCAGGAGAGAGUGUAGGGCCCGCCCCACCCUUGUACAAUACCUGUAACCCUUCACUCAUUUGCAUUUGGAAUGGUAAUGCUCAAAAGUUUACAAACUUAGUUUUGUUCCUCAUUGCCAAGUUUUAAACAUUAUCAAUAUUAUCAUAAAGCAU